AUGGUCUCUCAGGCGCAAAUCGUCGAUCGCACCGCGACCGCGCAAAGUACCGCGUCUCUUGUUUCACGACCCUCCCACUCUAGACGACAUCGCUCUGGUCGAUCGCACCAAGGAGGCUCCUCGAACUCCCCUUCCAACGAUUUUCCCAUCUUUACCUACACCGGUGACACCGAGAUUGUGAUUCGCGCGGGGUUGCAAGAGAGGCGCUAUCUACUCCACCGAUUGAUACUGGCACAAUGCUCCGGCUUUUUUGAAGCGAGCACGAGUGAGGAUUGGGCGUGUCAGACAACCCUGGGUCCCUCGAAACCGGAAGGUUACCUCUCACCCGUGAGCGAGGAUGAUUACCUGUCCAACGGGUCUACCCUUGUACCCUCCGAUCAUGAAGCGCUGCCCACCCGGCCCGGCGAGAAGAGACGAUGGCGCUACGAGCUAGACUGGGAGAACUGCGCCGAAGAUGAGGAAGUGAUUCUGGUACAAAAGCCCCCGAGCCAUGCCCCCGUGUUUGGUGGCGACCAAGCGGCAUUCCCUCCCACCAUGACCAAGCCCUCUAAUGUUCAAGCCGGGUUCUUUCGAUCCAUGGCAAAUCUGACGGGGAUCCAGUCAGUGGCACACCUACCCCAGACCGGGACAGAGGAGACCACUGACCCAUUAAUACGUGAUUAUGACAACCUGCUACGACUAUUUUACAACUACCCACCCAUAAUAAACAGUGUCAACAUUGCUUCUGCCUAUACAGAGUGCAAGUCUCUCCUCGCGCUGGCGGACAUAUACGAUGCGCUCCCUGUGACGGGGCCGCGUGUUGAUCACCAUCUCCUCGGCUUUGGAUCGCGUCUCUUCAAGCAGAUCGCCAAAUACCCGCCCAGCUAUCUCAAGCUAGGCUAUCUUGCGCGGAGCCGAGUGAUCUUCUCUGAGGCCUUGAUCCAUGUCGUAGGACAAUGGCCUGCUGCACUACCCAGUAUGCGAAACGGUUCGUACGCGCCUUUGCCAGAAUCCCUGCUCGACAUGAUCGAAGACAAAGUGGAAGAUCUCGAAGACCUGAAAGCACGCAUUGAAUCUAAGCUCCUGCGGUUAUCUCUAACCACCUCGCGCGGCGAACGCGUCGGCCCCUCAAACGCAUAUUUGGAUUGGCUCGCGGUAUCACUUUUCCGCCAAUGGCUGAUAGAGAGCACCACUCCGCCGCCAGCUCCUAUCCUCAAGAACUCAGGUGCAAAUGACGGCCCAUCGAAUCCUACAAACUCGGCAUCACAUCCAACCAGUGCCGGUCGGCCCGCAACCCCUCAAGACCCGUCCGCGCGCGUCUUCAAACUGAUCGGCUCGUCGAGCACGCAGGCAUAUCUGUCCCACGAGGAUUUGAAACGCUUCCUCAAACUCCACCCUACUUCAUCCGCUGGCUCUCUGUACACACGCGAGACCCUGAAACGCUUUGAGCGCAAAAUGGACGAGAUGAAGCGGCUGGCGAGGGAGAUUGUGAAGCCGCUGAUGCGCAAUUUUCUGGAAUUGGAGCUGAAGGCUCCUACUGGCCAGCCGUCUAGUACUGGCUCCCGUGAGGCUACUCCCUCAGGGCUACCAUAUCUAACAUGUACGCGCGUUGAAGAUAUGGACUUGCCUUGGAACUAA